UUCGGUGACUACGUGAAGGAUGAAGAACAGGAACCUGAUCUGGAAGAGCUUGUUGAGCCAUGGCAUAGGUACGACGCAGAAGAUAACGAAUAUGUCCUCUAUCCCAUUCGCCUCGGGGAAGUGCUCAACGAGAGGUACCUGGUUGAACACAAACUUGGCUUUGGUGGUGGUUCAACUGUCUGGAUGGCCUUUGACCAGCAAGAUAAGAGAGAAGUGGCUCUCAAAGUCAUGGACCUAGGGAAAUGGGGCGACAAUGAAACUCGAAUCCAGGAUGAGAUUAUCAAAACGGUACAGGAUACUUCUCGCCUGGUUAUAUACACUGCGACUUUCUUUCUACCCCGAGACGAUAAGACCUACCAUAGGGUCUUGGUGUUCCCUGUGAAAGGGCCGUCUAUCUGCACUCUUACCUUAAGAAAGUCUCCUAUGGCGUCUCGUAUGUCUGCUGCUCGACAACUACUGGAGACUGUGGCAGGUUCACAUGAAGCUGGAAUCAUACAUCGCGAUUUGAAUGCAAGGAACUGUAUGUGGGGAAUGGCUCCUAUCGAUAGUCUUGACAGAAGCACCAAGUAUGAGUUACUCGGUCGGCCUUUAAAGCAGACAAUACCAUUUGUCGAACUCUGGAACAAGGGCGAGCUUGUGAGCCCUGUCAAAUUUCCUAAAGAUCUUCUUCGAUUAGAAGAAUUCUAUCUUUGUGACUUUGGGUCAGCAAAGAAAAUUGGGAACGUUACCACUCAAUGCGGCUACCCACCUAUGCAUUAUUGCUCUCCAGAUCGACUUUAUAACCUGAGCAGUGGAAAGUUCUCUCUACACACCGUGGUGGACUUGAUUCAUGAGAAUGACCUUACUACGAAACUUGCAUAUUUUCGUCCCGAUGCUGAUUUGGUCGAGCGGCAACUUGUGCACUCCAUCAUGUCGAAAGUCUUUGUCUACCAGCCAGAAAAACGGCCGACCGCAGUAGAACUUUUGCGAGAUCUUUCUUUCAGUGCUAUCAUGGAGCGGUACGAGUGCUGA